CAAAAACUCACUCAAGCUUUCAGCUUAUCACCACUCAUUGACAACACUACGUUCCCCAACGAACAAACCCAGAUACCAUCAAGAUGCGUUUCUCUACCGUUGCCGUUGUAUUCGCUGGUGCCGUCUCGGCCAAGACUGUCUACAGUACUGACUACGUUACUAUCACGAGCUGUGCACCCGAGGUCACAAACUGCCCUGCUAGAUCCACUGCAGUGUACUCUUCUACAUACGCUGUCUCUGUCCCAACUGAGGCUUCCAGCUACCCUGCCGAGACUCCCUCCGCCGAGAUUCCUUCCACUUAUCCCGCUGUCUCAUCUGGCAAGCCUUCUGGCUACCCAUCCGGGUCUGCUCCUUCCGGAUACCCCUCGGGCGUUGCCUCUGGUGUUCCUUCGGCCGCUUACCCAACCUACGCCCCUUCUUCUGCGGCUCCUUUCCCCACCACUGUGAAGACUGGCAAGACCACCUCUGAGAACAGUGCUGAGAGCACGUCCCCGGCUGAGGGUAGCUCUUCUGUCCUGACCAUCUCUACUACCACCUGCAUCCCGUAAGUACCAGGACACGCAUGUUUUCUACAUGCCGCGUGCCAUUUAGAAUGUGAACCCUCUCCAUCCGGUGUCAAUACCGCCGAGAAGGUUCCGUCUGUCCACCAUUAUGAGUAAAGGCUGACAUUUUCUAUUAGCACUGUCAUCUACUCAACCGUCACUGUCGGCCAGAGCACCGCCGCUUCUACUGUCGCAACUGCUAAGCCCAGCGUCGGUACCUCUGUUCCUGGCUACGGUACUAACUCUACCAC